UGAUGGUGAUGUACUGUGUACGCAGACGAUCGAGCCGAUCGUAGGUGUUGGCCUGACAACGUGCUAAACAACGCCAGCGCCAGCCGAAUUUUUCCCUCGCGACCACCGGAUCUCGUAUUUCACUGUGGGGUGCAGUAUGAUACCGCACAUUCAUUACACCUAAACUUGACUUUCAUCCAUGUUAGGAAUCUUAUCGUAUACAGGAUAAACUCUCGGAGGAGAAAAUAAUCGAAAAAAUCACUCAACAGCGGGGUGAAUUUCGAACCAGAUUUUUUGGAUAUAUUUACUCCGAAAAUGACGAAGCGUUGUAUAUGCGAGAUCUGCACGUGCGGACGGCAUCGCUGUCCCCAUCGGCCAAAGGGUCCUCAGAAGGCCAAUGGACCCUGCACCAUCUCUGAAUACUCCAACAAGUACAAAGCAUAUCCAGGCAAUGGAAUGCGGGAAAAUUUCAAGCCCAAGCCCCAAAUGUUGAAGAGUGGCGAUCCUAUAUCCGAUGCUACAACAAACAGGCUUGAUUAUAUCCCGCAUGAAGUUGAAAGACCGGCCAUGCAUGUCCCAGAACAGUUCAAACCAAAAGAGGGUGACAUAGACCUCCUGACAUCCUACACUAAAGACUACCCUCAUCGUAAAGCACAACCUGCUAAGAGUUACCGUGGCAACCAAACUAGGGCUGUAUCUCCUGGUGCAUUUAAGGGAACUCCAACAUAUGUUGACGACUACAGGAAGUGGAAUCUUCCUCCAAAGGAACAGCUGAAGGAUCAUCAUGCUUACAUCCCACCCAAUGCAGCUUUCGACGGUCUCUCUACAUUCACCAGGGAUUUUCCUGCUAAAAGGGCAGCAAUGAGACAGAGUAUGAAACCCAAUGAUGAGGCAAAGGUAUCAACUACUCCAUUUGAUGACAAGACAUCGCAUCGCAUGACAUACAUUCCUCAUGCAGCACAACCCAAGUUUGUUCCUGCCAAGCCCCAGUAUAAGAAGAAUCCUCACAAGUUUGAAGGCUUGUCGACUUUCCAGAGGGACUUUAACGCGAAGCAGGGGUAUGUCCCAGAAAGCUGUAAACCAAGCAACACACCAUUAAGGUCCGAUCAGCCAUUUGAUGACAACACUACCUUUAGGCAGUCCUACCAGAAGUGGGAUCUGGCACGUCCUUACCAACAUGUCCCCGAGGCAUGGGUGAAACCUGGUGGCCAAAUAGACUUGAACACCACACAUAACCUGGCAUUCCCGGCACACAAGGUCCAACCCGCCCUCCCGGUUCGCCCACACUCUGGCCGUCACGGACAAAAUGUCCCCUUCGAUGACAGAACCCAGUACAAUCAAGACUUCAAGAAAUGGAAUAGCGUACCAACAAGGCGAGGAGACCCAAGUCAACGGCCGUACGAGAGACCAUCAGUUCCAUUUGAGGGUAUGUCUCACUACCAGACCAACUACCUGGCAAAACAUGCACAUCCAGCAAAGAGCAUGGCUCCUGACAACGUUGCAAAUUUAAGCUCAGAGCCCUUUGAUGACCGUACCAACUACAAGGCUGAAUACAUCCCCAAGGAGUUCUCUCCGUGUCCAGCAAUAGACCUGAAGAAGAGCGGAUUCCAGUAUGCCGACGUCGAUAAUAGGGGUCAUCAGAUAUGGUUGAAGAACCAAACCAAUGGAUCCAUGCAGACAAUGCAGAAAACACCACCCCAACAACUCAAUAUCGAUCAGCCAACGCUUGCAUGAGGCUUGUGCUGAAAGCUCUAAUGAGAAGUAAGUUCAUGUACAAAAUAGUUACAUAAUAUUUUACUGUAUCAUAACAUGUUGCCAAAGCUUCUAAAGACUUAAAGUCCAAGUGAAUAUUUUGAAAUAAAUUUUGUAUAUAAAGAAUGUACAUUGCAGAGAUACAAAAAUAUCAACAAGUUGGAAAGUGUGUUCCCAAUGAGUUGGAGAUAUAUACUUGUGUGUAACAAUGAUACAAGUUGACAUUGGCAUGAUAUACCAAUAUUUAUGAAACAAAGUAAUGAAGUAAAUAUAACAAUUGUAAAAUUAAUAGACUUGAUAAUGGCUUGCCAUCGAUC